UUGUUUCCUUUGAGAACUCUUGAAAUCAUGUAAACUAGAGUUCCUACCACCUGACAAAAUGUAACUUGCUAAAGCGUCAUGCGUUGUCGUCGAAGAAAUCAGUUCUUGUCCUCCAACAAACAUGUAAUUCCAACUUUUGAAUGAAAACCAUUUCUCGUCACCAUGCUAAUCCACUCGACUGCAUCAUCCGGCCCUUUACCACACUAACAGCCAAUGUCGCCUGCGCCGGCGUGGGGGACUGACGACACAACCCCCCUUAGACACCUUUGAAGAUGACCAUAGGGUUCAACACCAUGGAAGAAGUCAGAGACUGUACCCGUGAAUCUGUCUUUAAAAAGAUGGAACAGCUAGUUUGUGAAAUGCAGCACCCAGAGUCUGGAGUCCCAGUGCGGAGUCAAAAACUAUUCCUAACCACCAUUCCUUGCGCUUUUCUAGGUUUCGAUCUGGUAAUGUGGUUAAUGGCGCAUCUCGACAUAGAAGAACUGGUUCCUUUGUGUCCUUUGGCAGAAGCUGUGCAUUUAGCCAACCUGUUGUGUCAACAUGGUUAUUUUUUCCCUGUGGGCGAUACUAGGUCUCUGGCAAUAAGAGAUGAUAGUACUCUUUAUAGAUUUCAAGCACCAUACUUCUGGCCUUCCCAUCAUCAGCCUGAUAACACAGAUUACGCUAUCUACUUGCUGAAAAGAUCUAUGAAGAAUAAACAGAAGCAUAGUUUGGAAGAAUAUGAACAAGAGGCCUUGGCUCGCCUUAAGAAAUUGCUAUGUCACAAAUGGGACUUUAUAACACUUCAAGCAGAGGAACAAGUUAACUUAGCCAAAGACAAAAAGAAAGGAGACAGAAUUAUUUUAGAUAGUCAAGAAAAGGCGUACUGGCGAGUCCAUAGGCCGUCGCCUGGUGCUGUAAGUUGCCUCGAAAAAACUCCAUUAGCAAGUAGAAAAGUAAAGAAAAAAAACAUAGAGGAUCUCCGACGAAAAAAGGCGCUGUUGCAGAAAAGCUUAAACAAACCAGGGGUAAAGGCUUCUCAAAUCAUUGAGAGCCUCUUAAAUCAUUGUCAAGAUUACAUCGAAUUCGAUUCCUUCAUUGUUGGUGUCUUACCUUCCAAUCCUUGGAUCAGUGAAGAUACUACGCUAUGGGCUCUCAAUAAUAGAGAAGUGGAAGUCCCGACAGAACAACGAGUUAAGCUAUGGGCUAUUUCGCUGGAGGAUCUGCUAAAUGAUCCGACCGGGAUCAAGGAAUUUGAGCGGUAUCUCAGGACAGAGUACAGCCACGAGAACAUCAUGUUUUGGAAAGCGGUACAGUCCUUACGGAGAGGAGGCAAAGCAAAUAUUGAGAAGAAAGUCCACGCGAUAUACAAUGAGUUUCUAUCCCCCAACGCACCGUGCGAGGUAAACUUGGACAGUGUCACAGUAGAAAAAGUCCAAGAGGCCAUGAAGAACCCAUCACGGUACACUUUUGACGAAGCCCUGUUGCACGUUUAUUCCUUGAUGGAACAAGACACCUACCCCAGAUUUCUCAGAUCCCCUCACUAUAGGAACUUGCUCCUCAAUUCUUUGCAUCCUGCACAAAAGAAGAAGUUCUUCAACUUUGGCGCGGGGGUCAGGAAGAGGAUGGUGAGCGCGGGUGCCAAGAGGAGACCCAACCCCAGCCACUUGUCCGGUAGCUCGGUGGACCUGACCCACAUGAGCCACAGUCUGGAGAUGGAAGAGCCUUCAAUGUCAAGCAGGCACUCACACUCGACCAGCGACCUUCACGACCUGGGCAUCCCCGGAGAGAAUCUUGCCUCCAGCAGGUUGUCUUCUCCAUCAAGUUCUCGCGACAAUGUACCGGAGGACAAUCCGCACACUCUUCAGGUUCCUCGCCUAUCACCUGGUGGUGCUGAACCAGAAACCACCCUGGGGGUGUCCCUCACCGUUCCGAGCAGGCCUGCCAGCGUCGUCGCUCCCUGGGAAACAGACGACUGAAAAUCACCUCUCUCUCUCUUUCUGAGUGC